UGGCGCCUGAGGCCUGGGCGGCAGCCACGGCGAAGACCGAGCGGGCCUCCCCCGGCCGCCGUCCUGCACCGUCGCCUUCUUGCAGGCGUCUGAGUGACGGGCCCGGUGAGCAGGAGCGGCCUCAGUCCUCGCUCCCUCCCGCUCUCCCCUCCGCGGCUCUCCCUCCGGCCCUCUUGGUGCUCGUUUCGGUCUCCCUCCUUCGGUCCACCCCGCCCCGGCCGUCCUCCCCUCCCAUCGUGGCCCCUCUGGCCGCCGCCGCCCCGAGCUGAAUUUCCCUUGGCUGCUGCAAACCAAGCCGGGGUUGGAGCGCCUGCAGGCGGGUCACGGCCAUUCCUGGGAAGGCAGGCCGGCCUCCCUGCAGCCGCCUGCCUGGACAUGAUGUUUGCACGAGGUCUGAAGAGGAAAUGUGAUCAGGAGGAAGGUGGGGAGGUCUUUGGCAGUGUCCCUUCCUAUAGUCUGCAGCGGCAGUCACUUCUGGACAUGUCCUUGGUCAAGCUCCAACUAUGUCACAUGCUGGUGGAGCCCAACCUCUGCCGCUCUGUCCUCAUCGCCAACACAGUCCGGCAGAUCCAAGAGGAGAUGAGCCGGGAUGGUGUGUGGAAUGGGAUGGUGCCCCAGAAUGCAGAACCGGCACCUCUUGACCGCCUGGUGUCUACAGAGAUCCUAUGUCGCACUGUGAGGGGCCCGGAUGGGGAGCACCCUGCUCCUGAACUGGAAGAAGGCCCCUUGCAAGGCCCAGCUUCUGAACUUCCCACAGUCAACUCAACACAUGGGCCAAGGAACCCUCAGAGUAGCCUUUGGGAGAUGGACAGCCCUCAGGAAAACAGAGGAAGCUUUCAGAAGUCAUUGGACCAGAUCUUUGAGACGCUGGAGAACAAAAAUCCAAGCUCUGUAGAGGAACUUUUCUCAGAUGUGGACAAUUCCUACUACGACCUGGACACGGUAUUGACAGGAAUGAUGAGUGGCACCAAGCCGGGCAUCUGCAACGGGCUGGAGGGCUUUGCUGCAGCCGCCCCACCUCCCAGCUCCACCUGCAAGUCUGACCUGGCGGAUCUGGACCAUGUGGUUGAGAUUCUGGUGGAGACCUGAGGGGGAAGGCCCCUGACAAGGACAAGGUCAUGCAUCCUAAACAACAUCUCACUUGUACUGUACCCACACCCACACACAGCCAGGAACCCAUUCCUGCUCACUUGUUGAUUUUAAAAAUAUCUUGGGAUGAUUGUUAUUAGCAAGGGCUAUAGCUGCUAGGCCUGUCCCACUCUCUGGGAAGGGCAGAACAGAAGCCGUCACCAGGAACUGGAUGGAGCUCACUGAAGGCUUCUUGGGCCUGGACCAGGUGACAUUCACAGCCCUGAGCUCAUUUUCCCUGUUGCGUCAGGGUGGUGUCACAUAGGGAUGGCAAGCCACAGCUGAGUCCAGUCCUUUUUUAAAGUAGAUAGAUGACCUUUCUAAAAUUAAGUUUUCUAUGUUUUGACAAUAUUUUUACUUAAGAUAUAUAUUUUUAAACUUUUUAUACUUUAGAUCUUUUCAACUAUUUUUUUAAAAGUAUAUUUUUUCUACAAACAUCCUUUGCUGCUAUAUUAGAAACAUUUACAACUUAAAAAAGUAAACCUGGUUUAAGGUUAAAUUUGGAAUUUUUUGUUUGUAAUGAUCUUUUCUACACUCCUGAGGCAACAGUGUACGUGUGUUUGGAUUUUUCUUCAGUUUUGUGUGGGACCCUGCUCUGCUCCAUCAUGUUCCACAUUCCAGGAGAGUGGGAUGGAUUAGAGUCAGAGGCAUGCACAGCUAUCUAUCCUACCCUACUUCCUUCACUAUGUCUGCUAUGCAGCCUUGUUCUCCUGGACUUCAUUGUGCCUGAUGGCUUUAUUUAUGCCUAUUUAUAUGUAAAUGCCACCGAAGGUCAAAAAUCUGCCUGUUGGUCUUCAGACUGGGGUCUCAGGUGGUACCUUCUAUUUGAUUCCUAGAAUGGCCCUGUACUGGUUGUCAAGAGGGGAGGCCAAAUGUGCAGACAACAUCCAACACUAUGUGUUUCAUGCCAGGGAAGCUGCUGGGUAGCAAGCAUGUGUGCUUGGAAAGCAAGUAUCCCAUGCACCCUUAGGCUGAAUAAUGCCUGUGCUUGCACCAUUGAAUUGGUGCUAGAACAUUUUAAAGAUACACUUGAGUUUAAAAUGAAAAGGUCUGAACUGUAUUCAUUGUAUGGCCCCUUGAUCCUGGUGUGGCUGCACCAGCUGCUUGUACUUCCAGAGGGUCCUUUUGCCUGCUCAGAGGUUGGACUCUCCCAUGUCCAUGUUGCCUGCUUUUCUUGACUUCCCUAUUUCUGAACCUCAAAGGUUUGUUUCUUGCAUAUGGCCAUUUUUUAAAAAAAAUACCAACAAUGUAAACCUCACUUUAUUAAAAAAGAAUUAUCCCACAAGCAAAA